GAACGAGGAGAAUCAYGUGACCCGCAGUAAAACAAAGAUGGCGUUGACAGUUAAAGAAAGCGUCGAAGUUUGUGUGUUUUUAAUUUUUUUAGUUCUUAAUUCGUGCCAGAGUUUGUUCGGUGGAGGAACGUCUUUCAAAAGACAGCUGUCGGUGCAGUUGAAUCCAGACGCGAAGCUGCCUCCUUCUGAUUUCGACCUGCUCCACAUCAGAGCUGUGGGAGAAAACGACACGCUGCACUACUUGCUCUGCAGCCAGGGAGCGCCGACGCUGCUGCUCGUCCACACCGACUCUGUUUCUUCCACUGUCAAGGUGAACUGGACCCAGCCUUUUAAUGCCAGCGGCAGCGUGACAGUGGAGCCGACGAGCAGCGUCCUGUACAGCUCUGCCGUCGUCUUCAGUCAGCUGUGGGAGUACGACGACGUCAACGACACGGCCGAGGCGUCGUCGGACUUCUUCCCUCCGUACGAGCUAAAGGACUUCACCUGGGCUCACCUCAACCUGUCUGGAGCAACGGCUCUGCUCUGUGGAACMCCACCGGGUUCCACCAACGGAUCGCUCUGCCUACAGUUGUCAGCGUUCGACUCAGACGGGCGUGGCGACCUAUGGCCCCGCCUCCUGCAUUCUGCCAACUCCUCCCAGUUGGAGGUGUGGCUUAACGGCUUGUUGCCGCGGGGGAAUCACUCCAGGUUCGUGUUGGAGCUGGAGGCAGUGAGCGGGGCGUUUCCUCUGAGCAGGGUGGACGUUCACCAGUCCAUCGACGACGAAUWCACACCGUCAAUAUUCAAGAUGUUUCAGUGGGUGUCGUCGACGAAYGUCAGCUCGGACGUUCUGGGCUUUGUCCAGUGGAAGCCCGUGGCRUACCGCGCGUCUCAUCCGGUGCUGGAGGAUGCAACGCCGUGCCGUCACUCUGACCCGCGGUCGCAGAGCGGCCCGGAAACGACAGCUUCGUCCGGUCUGAUUCGGGCCUUCUACUCGGAUCCAAAAGUCACGGGACUGAACGUGAGCUUCGGUCUGGCAGGAGAACCUUUCUACAGCAGCACCAUGUUCCUCAGCUGGACGAUGCUGGUGGGUGUCGGCUCGCCCCCCGUAGAGUUCUUCUCCCCUCUGGUUCUCUCCAUCAUGGUGGUGUGUUUGGGGACUCCUGUGGUCCUGCUGCUGCUGGGCGGAGUCGUUGUCUUCAUCUAUAAAAAGAGGAAAGCUUCGACGACGGCCUACCAGCCAAUCAACUGACAGCUGAGUCCCGGCUGAGGAAAAACUUUUUAGAAAAACUUGACACCACUGUGAAAGUCCGAAGUUUUAUUAACAUGGAUUUUAACUUGUCGGAGCAGUAAUUCAGGUAACUUUUCAUUGAGUUUAAAACUCAAAUCAGUGAUAAUUGUUAGAUUAAAUCAGCCGGACUGUUUUUUUUUUUAACUAAUAGAUAUUCAGAUGAUAGGUAUUGUUCUAUUUGAAUGGUUUUUUUAAUGUUAAGAAUUCCAUUACAUUUUUUUAAACAAAGUGCUGUUUUAACUCUAAUUUAUUACACUUAUCUACUGAAGAGACCUCGUUUUUCCCAUGUGAGAAGCCCUUUUUAUUCAGCUUUCUGUUUGUUUUCAUUAAACUGCAGGAAAUGUUGCAUCUGGAGGGCAGCAAAUAAAUUUACAUUUAUUGUUUGAGGCAAUUUUAAAGUGUAUAAAACAUUAUAUGGUAUUUUAUUGUUUAUAAAACUGUUUUAAUCUGUUAUUUUGGACACGAUGUCACAGAAUGAUGGACUGAAAACUGUGACAUCACUUAUUUAGGCAAGAGCUCAAACUAAGGAGGUUUUUUUAUUAGCAUUUUGCUAAUACGCUCACGUUUGUUUCCAUCGUUUUCAGUUAAGAUGCUCAGCUUAAAUUAGCAUGAAUAAAAUUUGAGAUUAUUUCA